AUGGAUAGCAAAAUUUAAGUCACAUCUUAGAAUAAUUAAAAUCUAUAUGUAUAAUAAUUUACAUAUUCAGGUAGAUAAAGGAAUAAUAUUACAAUCGACUAAAUUGAAAGAAAUUUUGGGUAAAUCGGAAAACAAUGAAAUUCUUAUUGAUAUUUCAUAUGACAUUUUGGAAAUCAUUUUUACAUUUUAUGAGAAUCAUAAAAAUAAAAAAGAAAUAGUAAUAACGGCUCCACUUAAUAAAUAAUCAAAUUUCUAAAAUCAGAUAGACAAAAAAGAUUAUCAAAUACUUGAAAAACUAAGUUUAUCAAAAUUAUAGUAAUUAAUAUAAGUUUGUUAUGAUUUAUAAUACACUUUAUUACUAAAUAUAACAUGUGCAUCACUUGCAAAUAAAUUACAACGUAAAUUAUAUAAUAUAUAUAAUAGACAUGGAUAUUAUGGCAAUCAGAUAAAUGUUCAAUAUAUAGCAAGAUUAAAGUAAAGAAUAAAUAGAAAGAAUAUUAUUAGAAAACAAAUGGUUGAGAGAAUGA